AUGAGGAGAUUCCAUACACCUUUACUGACCAUCUUGCAACAGAGGAUAUGUUCAAUACUCUUUGGGAGAAUGAUGAUAGCUUUGUGUCUGAGCCACGUGAUCACACCUUGUGUGGCCGUGAUCCAAAUUAAGGUCGGGGUGUUGCUAAUCUCUGACCUAAACGCCCCCUACAGCGUCCAGAGAACUGGUCCUGCAGUGGACAUCGCCUUGGAGACGGUCAACACCAGGAUGUUAAACAGCUCCUACAGACUGGUCAAAGUUCUCCGAGUUUAUGACCGGAUUUGUGACGCCAGGUUUGCUUCAGGGGUCGCAGCUGAGCUGUACUACAAAGAACAGAUCCAGGCUUUGGUGGGUCCAGCCUGCGACCCCGCAUUGGAGAGUGUAGCACGACUGGCCGCCUACUGGAAUAUCCCCAUUAUAACAGGUUUGGGAGAUGGCGGGAUGUUCAAAAACAAAACCGACUUUCCGACAUUGACCCGGUUUUCCUACUGCCAGUGCCGGCUUCGGAAAGUGUUUGCUAGUCUGUUCAAGGAGUUUCACUGGCGAGAUAUCUCGUUAAUCUACGACGAGAAUGACAUCACAGCGGAUACUUUGGGUGCAACUCUGAGGGAAGGACUACAAAGGGACAAGUACUACCCGUACGUGAUCCCAUUUUACAGCCAAAGCAACCCUGACGUUUCGGUCCUCCUGCGAGAUGCAUCUCUACGAUCCAGAA